AAAACAACAACGUUGUUCUGUCACCAGAAGUGAAAAUACAUUUUUGUUUGGUACGCGAUCAAAAGUUUUCCCAAGUUUUCCUCAAAAAACGGCCUUUCUAGCGCUAUUUAUCAGCAGAAAAAUGUAGAAGAUUCCCAUCUAACGAGUGUACGAGUGGUGAGCACAAUGAAUGGCCAUUUCCUGCACCCGCACGGGCUCAGCUUCAACAGCGACCUGACGGCUGCCACAAUCGCAGCUGUUCCGCUCGGUGAUGGUUCCGGAGAGCCACAAUCCGGAACACCAGCAGCAGCAAGUGUGACGCUUCAGGUUCAACAACCAUCAACCUCGUCGGCAGGUACGGGGAGUGCCACAGGAAAUCCGAAAAUCAUCUAUCUGGACCGGGUUUGCCGGACAUGCCUGGUCGAGAAGGAAAAGGAACAGCUGAAGGAUUUGUUCGAGUUUUGCCUGGACGAAACGUUGAUGGCCUGUGUGAAUAUUACGAUUGAAGAAUCCGACGGAUUGCCAUGCCAUAUUUGUAUGGAGUGUCUGCAGGAGGUGGAGAGGAUAGUCAACUUUAGACAGAUGUGUGAACGAUCCGAUGUGGCAAUUCGGAACCUAAUCGAGAAAUCGGUAAUAAUCGAGCAGGAUAGUCAAACUAAGUAUGAAGUAUUGAACGUUGUACUGACCGAUUCCAACGGUAACACGGAAACAUCCGCCGUGGUGGUUCCGAUUGAAGAACUGCGUUUCCAACUAAUGAAUGGAGGAAGCAUCAGUAAUGCAGUUCCUUCGGAGGCAAUCAAUAUUCCGAUAAUGGAACUCAACAAUGCAGUCCAGCUAUCGAACUUUGAAGAGGUGGUCAAAGCAAAUAACAUCGAAAUAACCAUUCCGAAAGACAAUCUGGAAGUAGGGUUUGCCACUCCGACCGAAAUGUUGGCCACGGAAACUAAUUCAAAUGAAAUUCCAUUAGAAGAAGAUGCUCCUAUUACGGUCAAUCCAAGCGAACUUUUAAACGAACCCGCACCCACACCUCCUUUACCCGAUUCCCAACCGGAAGAGCGACUGCAAGAAGAAAUCGCAAUAAUAGAGAACCUGAAACAAGAACUGUCCGAAUUUAUCGGAAGUGGCUGUGCCGAUAUGGCAAAAGAUCAAGAACUGGACGACAAUGAUGACGAUGAAAUGAUUCACGUUGACUAUCUAAAGGACGCUCUGACAGAAGAAUACAUUCAGAGUAUGGAGAAGCAACUGGCCUCAUCGGUAGCCCCCACAAACAAUCCCGUCCAAGACCGGUUGGAGCAGGACAAUUUUGACUGUUUGAUAAACGACGAUGAGGAACGCGUCCAAGCGGUUGGCCAACUACAGGAAUGGCAAGAAGAUGAGGAUGAGCUGUUCAAUGACGACGAUGAUAGUAAUGGGCGACACUGCAAGGUCUGUGAUAUGGAGUUUGAAGAUAAUAGGCAGUAUAGGCGACACGUUAAGAAACAUUCCGAGAAGCGUUACGAAUGUGAAUACUGCCAGCGACGAUUUGCCGAACAGUCACUAUUGAGGAAUCAUAUCCUUCGCCAUACUGGAGAGAAAGCGCACGUGUGUGAAGUUUGCAAUUCGCGUUUUUAUGAAAAGAACCUGCUGAAUCUACACAUGCGAACCCAUGGCGAAGAGAGGCCCUUCGUCUGUGAUACCUGCGGAAAGCGAUUUAAAACGAAAAGUUUGCUCAACACUCACACCAAGAUUCACACCGGGGAAAAAUCCCAUGUGUGUUCCGUCUGUGGAAAAGGGUUCACCUUGUCGUGGCAGUUGAAGGCCCACACCAGAACGCACACCAAUGAAAGACCGUUCGAGUGUCCGUACUGUCACAAGCGGUUCAACCAGAAUGGAAAUCUCAUAAUACACAUCCGGAUACACACGGGGGAGCGACCGUUUCAGUGCUCGCUCUGCGAGAAGGCAUAUCCCAGUCAGGGAGAACUUAGUAGCCAUAUGCGUCAGCACACAGGGGAGAAAAAGGCGAAGAAUUACAGCUGCACGGUCUGCGGGAAAGCUUUCGCCAGCAAUGGAGAUCUCAAGAUUCACAUGCGAACCCACACGAAGGAAAAACCAUACACCUGCCAGAUGUGUGGAAAGAGCUUCAUGCUGCAUGUGCACCUGACGGUUCACAUGCGCUCGCACACUGGAGAAAAACCUUUCGCUUGCACACUCUGUGAAAAGGCAUUCGCCACCAACUUCCAGCUAAAGAAUCAUACCUACGUGCAUACCGGAGAGAAAAACUUUGCCUGCGACGUGUGCAACCGCAGGUUCAGUAGUUUGGCAAAUCGCAAUACGCACCGAAAGACGCACGAUAGAAAAAUUUCCUGACAAAAGUACAUGUUCAUAGGCUAAGAACUUACGGCUGCUGCAUCAGUUCGAGUAUUAUAUUUUAAAAAGAAACCGCAAAGAACUGCUGCUGUUGUAAAAACUUAAGGUUAAGACUCUGCUAGUACAAGACAUUAUUACAGCUACUUAAUCAAUAUAUGCCAAUCUAAAGCGCGCAGUCUGCUGGACAAAUGCAACAUAAAAAUUUAAGAACUAUUUAUAAGUAAUCGUGUACCUACAAAAGCAUUCUCCAUAGGGUGAUGCGGCCAGCUUAUCAAUGUUUAGCGUAGCUAUAGAACUGUGUUUCAUGUUGCGUAUCAUGGCAUCAACACAGACAAACAGGCGUACUUUUCUUUAACAGUCCGCUGUUGUAUUUUGUACGCCACUUGUGGAAAAACCUCGCUAUUCGUUUAGCGCGGUACUCUCGACGGUGGUCAACCGUGCGACAACUGGUUUGGCUAUCAUUAUCUACUGACCAUGUUUCACGAAAUAGCAAUUUGUACAAGACCUAAAAAAACGUUAGUGUAAAACAAUGCGCACGCCUCUAGUUUUGAAACUUCUUCUUCUUCUUCUUUCUGGCGUUACGUCCCAACUGGGACAAAGCCUGCUUCUCAGAUUAGUGUUCUUAUGAGCACUUCCACAGUUAUUAACUGAGAGCUUUUGAAACUAUGAGAGUUUGAAAUGAUCGUUUAGAACGUGGUCGAUGGAAUUUCCGUGCGCGUUAUGUCUGUUUGUAUGUUUGAUAUAAACAUGUACUAUUACCAGUGCUGCUUAACCCACUUAGCAAUAUGUAUUUAUUUAUAACCUCUAUUCAGUAUCGAAGAUAAAACCACGCAAAUUCUUAUGACUUAUUUUUAAUCUUACUCUGUUUCAAGAUUUCAAACUGUAUUUUAAUCUCUCUAUUGUUGAACCUAUCAACAUAUCUUCUACCAGGUGUGUUUUAUCGUAAAAAUCAUAAACGUGAUUCAGUCUUAACAAAAUCUCAUUUACGGUGUAUAAAUAGGUUGUCCUAAUGAAAAUGAA